UUACGGAUUACAAAGUACGAUAGUAUUUAACAAUUUUAAGUGAGACAAUUUUCUAUUUCAGGCAGAUGAAUUGGGGGGGACAGAGACAGUAGAAGAUUAUUAUGGCUGCUUUACUCGGUGACAAUGGGCGGGGCUAUGAGCUGGCCCGGAAGCUUGAGAGCCUCGGUGUGUGGCGCUCAUGGCUUGGUGAUUCUCUUUACCCAGCCUUCAUUCACUUCCUCUCUUCGCCGACUUCAUGGGACUCCUUCAUGCGAGCAGAUGACUCCAAAACUAGGGCUCAAAUUCAGCUUCAGCUUCGCGCUCGAGCUCUUCUCUUUGACAAAGCCUCAGUCUCUCUGUUCCUUCGCUCUGAUCAAUCUUCUUCUUCUUCGACUUCUGCAAUUUCUAAACUGAAUCCCAAUUAUUUGCAAUUACAUGGAGAUGAUGUAUAUUUCACUCUGGAGAAUUCUUCUCAAGAUGCUGCUGCUACAAAUUCUUUGUCAGCAAAGGUUCAACCUAUAUCAACUUUUGGUGUUGGAUCAAGAUAUGAGUCAGAAAUUGAUCCUACAUCCCAGCGGUUUAAGGUUGACGAUUUACCACUAACUUGGUAUGAUCAGUUCUUUGAGAAAUACAAACCUAACAAACCACAUAAAUUGUCCUAUGGGGAUAGGGAAUCAGAAAAAAGAACACCAGAGCUGAUGGCUGCUUAUCUAAGAGCUCUUGAGAAUCAUAAGAGGAGGAGGGUAGUUUUUCGGGGAGAUCAGCAAUCAAACAUGAGUGCGGAUGGAAGUAGUGUAGUACCAAGUGAUCAUGAAGGACCCUUUUUCCCUGAACUAAUGUUUUCUAUGAAUUGUGUUCCUGACAAUGCUACAUUUCAUUCGAGAGAAGCUCAAGAAAACAAUAAACUUGAGUUUAAAGGGGUUCUUGACACUUUACCACAGAUAAUGACAAAGAGUUCUAUUAUGAUUGAAAGGCUUGGAAUCAGACCCGAGUACCUUAGCGUGGAACAGGGAGGGAAUCGGAGCCGUGGAAAGAAUGGGUUUGAAGGGGGAAAGAGAGUGCUUGGAUCAGAGCAAGCAUCUAAAGUGUCACAAAAAGUAGUGUCUUGUGUCCUAGCAAAUAUUGGCUUUGAAGCUUCUUCAGAAGUCCCAUUAGAAGUCAUGGGUCAAUUACUAUGUUGCCAUAUUUCUAAAUUGGGGCGUAACUUAAAACUCCUUUCCGAUAGCUAUAGAAAACAAUGUACGGCCAUUGAAUUACUAAAGAUGUUCCUUCAAACAUCUGGACACAGUAAUGUCGGAGCUUUGGCUGAGCUUGUGAAGGAUCAUAGUAGGAAUAUUACUCAUCAACCUCCGCAACAACUGCAAGAAUUUCAACCACAGUUGCAGGCUCCACACCAAAUUCAAAUCCGUCAAACCCCUCAGAUCCCGGCACAAAUGCAUAUGAUUAAUAAUAAUCCUCAAAACCCGACAUUACAGCAACCCCAGCAGCACUUGGAAAGAAUGCGUCGGCGGCAGCAACCAACCUCUCGCUCUGUUAAUAUGGGUAUGAACGCAAAUGUUAAUAUCGACAAGGACCGACCACUCGUUGAAGUUAAGCUUGAAAAUCCAAGUGAUUUUCCGAUGAAUAAUAAUAAUGUAUUGAAUGUGAGAAAUGCACAGUUAAUUGAAAUGCAUUUGCGCCAGCAACAUCUUGCAGCAAUGCAAUCCACCCAUCCUCAAACUGGAAACCAGUUUAGGCCAAUGGCUAAUCCUCAAAUUCCUCAAGUUCACUCACCGAACAUGGGAAUAGUCAGGGCUCAACCUGUAAAGGUUGAAGGGUUUCUGGAGUUGAUGGGCGGGGAACCUACAAUCAAGCAUGACUUUGAAGAAAACAAGCUGACUUCUCCAAAGUAGCUUGCUCCAAGUGCAACCAUCAUACAUGUAUGGAUACGUUAUUAAUGUUUGCAGCACAUAGCACCUAGUUUUGCAUUUUAUUAUAACUUGUAUUAGAUAUAGAUAGACACACAUUUGACCUUUCAUCCUGCUGUGAUGGUGGGCGGCAAUGCAACAGUUGGGUAUCAUGGUCAAUUAAUCUUCUGCAUUGACACGUGUUCAAUAGAUCAAUAAAUUGUUCAUCAAUGAG